AGCAAGAGGAUCAGAAAACGCCAAAACCCACUGCCCACCACGCCGCAUUUUUCUCGCGCACAUAUUUUCUUUUUCUUGGCCAUUUCUUUCUCCUUCUGUUCUCUUCAUUUCUCUCCUCUUUCUGUCUUUAUUUCUACAGAGGAGAAAAAGCGCAAAAGGAAAUAAAGAAAUGUCGAAACUAAAAGCACUCACUAACUCGCUCGUGACUCAGAACCAAUUCGUCGACUCACUUACAGCUCAUAUAUCUCUUUACCAUUCCAAGUCUCUCCCUUUAAAUACAAGUCCAAAUCCAAAUCCAAGGUCUUCAAUUCUAAAAUGGUUCUCAUCCCUCACCGUCCAUCAACGCCAAGCUCAUCUCACAACCGUCGAUUUCAAAUUCGUACAGCUCGUAAUUCAAAUGCUAGGCAAACUCCGUACACAAGGUCACGGCCGUUUCAUAAUUCUCCCUGACCUCCCCGUAAGUGACCUCCCUAGCCUCUGUUAUAAAAAGUCACGUGGCCUUUUAUCUCGUGAUGCCGAGUCAAACGAGUCAGAACGGUUAAUUUUUGAGUCUAUUCGGCUUUUUGGUUCGAGAGAAGGCGAGGAAUCAACUUCCUGUUCGAUUAAGUGUCUAGAUUCGUUGACUGUGAGUGAGGACUUGAUUGGAAACGUGGAUAAGUUUGUUGAGACAAUGGACAGGGUUUCGAAUGGAGAAUUCUUAAGAGGAGAAGAUAGUGAAUUAGGAUCUGAUUGGGUAGAAUUGGAUUGGCUUAAAGCUAAAGGUUAUUAUAGCAUCGAAGCUUUUGUGGCAAAUAGGUUAGAGGUGGCACUGAGAUUAGCAUGGUUGAAUUGUGGUAAUGGUAAAAAAAGAGGGGUGAAAGUGAAAGAGAAAGUUAAUGCUGCAGGUGCUGCUGCAAAUGUAUUUUUGAGAAAGAAAGGAUGUGUUGAUUGGUGGCUUAAUUUGGAUGCUGAAACUAGGAGGAAAUUUUUCACUGUGGUGCUUGGGAAAGCUGCAAAUUCAUUGACUCGUGAGAUUGUGAAGGGGGCGGGUGCUGCUCUACAGGAUGAGAUGUGGUUAUUCAGAGCAGGAGCAGAACAACCAUUGAGGUAUAUUUAUGCUGAACCACUGCGACAUACUACCCUAAAGCUCUCGGCUGAUGCAGAGUUUGGUUCACCUAUCACAUUUGCUUCUCUAUCUGGAAAGGCUGCUUCUCUGGUCAAUCUGUUUAAUUGUUUAUUCGUGAUUCAGGAUAUUGUUGCUUUAAUUUUACCAGGUCAACAUAGGGAGUAUGAUGUGUCAAAGAUAUUUUUUAGCACAUUGAGGUCUGUCAGUAGCAUUUCUGAUUGCAUACUAAGAAAACUACGGGGACUUGUCAUGGUUAUUUCACUUGAUUGCACAAAGCUGGAACUUCUUGGAGAGGGAAAUAUGAAGCAUUUAACCAGUAAACAAAAGGAAAAGCCUAAUACAGGUAGUCGUAGGAAGAAAGCGAAGACUCAUAACAUGAAAAAGCCAGAAUCUGCUCCAGAUAUAGUUGUGAAUGAGGCUUACAUCAACAAACCUCUGAAGAAUCUUGAGUACACAUUUGCUCAUUCUCAGAAGAUCAGGUCAACGGAGUUCAAUGAGACACCUGGUAUACCUCAUGGAAAGGAAGUACAAGGACACAUAUCGUCAGCAGUUGAAAUGGAACACUCCCAAGGAUUGGUUCUUGCAAAAGGACGAACUGCUGCAAGGAAGAAUAGGAGAGGGAGAAAUAAAAAUAAAAAUAGAAACUCUAGCCUUAACGAUCCGGUUGACAUAAGAAACUCUGAAAGAUCAGUUGCAGAAGCACCUUGUGUGCCUGUUAUCUCUUCAGAUGAGGCAGCAAUGCUUGGCAGAGCAUCAGAUGAUUUAGCCAUUCAGAAUGUAUUCAGUGAUGAUUUAGUUGAAAGUGCGAACUUUACAUUAAAUACGAGUUUCUGUGGUUGUGUUACUGAGCCCAGAAAGGAGGGUAUUGAUGCCAAGAGAGUCCAAGGUCGUGUUGUUGGGUGCAACGGAGGCACCUGUUCUAUAAACUCAGAGUGUAAGCAGACCUCAAAUGUUAUGAUCGAGGACAGAACUAUUUCAUCAAGAGCAGAAGGAGUAAACUUUAAGAUGGAGGAUAAAGUAAUAUCUCAUGCAGUGCAGACGCCAGAACUUGACACUGUUUCCAGCAAUGAAGACAUCAAAUUUAGGAAUGAAGAAACCAAGGGAAAAUCAAAUUUUUCCUACAGAACAGUCAGAAACAUUAAUGUAAAAGAAGGAUCUACUCUAAUUAAGAAUAAAAUUCUUAAUGAGGCCAGGUCGACAAACCUUUCAGAAUAUAUUUCAUAUGAGUGGCCUAGUUUAGCUCCUGUCUACUUUCCUUCUAUUACUUCACAUCUUCUGCCUGCCGCUGAUAGAUUGCAUCUGGAUGUUGGUCGCAACUGGCAUAGUCACAUUCGCCAACCUUUUGUUCCCACAGUUCACCAGGCAAGGACUUCUCCCAUUGAAAGUGGGUACAACCGAACACUGUCUCGACCAUUGCCAAUGAGUUUAGAUUGGCCCCCAAUGGUUAGGAGCAUUUCUGGAUUAGCUCCAUCCAUGACUUGCAAUUAUGAUUCUGGAUUUAUCUCAAGAUUGCAGACUGCAUUUCACCCGAGUUUCACUGCUCAUAACAUGCAAGUUACUGCAAAGACUAACGAUGAUGAGAGAAGGUAUUCUGGGGAUUUUAUAGAUACACCUGAAUCAGCAAAUGCAGAGGAACCAAUGGCUGAAUAUGAAAGUCACUGUAUAUCAGAGGAAGAAAUGGAAAUGCAUGCAGUUUCCGGGAUAGAUUAUAAUCAGUACUUUGGGGGCGGUGUAAUGUAUUGGAAUCCUUCUGAUUAUCCGGGGACUGGUUUCUCUCGACCUCCUUCCCUUAGUUCUGAUGAUAGCACAUGGGCUUGGCAUGAAGACAUGAAUAGAGCAGUUGAUGACAUGGUUGCCUUCUCUUCUUCUUAUAGUACAAAUGGUUUGGCUUCGCCAACUGCUGCUUCAUUUUGUUCUCCUUUUGAUCCUAUAGGAUCUGGACACCAGGCACUUGGUUAUGUUGUCCCAGGAAAUGAAUUAACUGGCAAGGUGCUACAAUCUUCAUCAACAGUGACAGACACAGCUGCACUGGAGGAGCUGACUGGAUCUCUGGCUAACGUAUCAGGUGAUGUUGAAGGGAAAGCGGGAGAUUCACUUCCUUACCCCAUUUUACCUCCUAUCAUCAUUCCAAAUAUCUCAAGGGAAAAAUCGAGAUCUGAUUUUAAGCGCAGUCAUGAUCAUAAAAGCCCAUGUGUUCCUCCUUCUAGGCGGGAACGUCCUCGGAUAAAAAGACCACCAUCACCUGUAGUGCUUUGUGUUCCACGGGCUCCACAUCCACCGCCACCUUCUCCUGUGAGCAACUCCAGAAAACAGCGUGGUUUUCCCACUGUGAGGUCAGGUAGCUCCAGCCCAAGGCAUUGGAGUAUGAGAGGUUGGUAUGAAAGAACUAAUUCUGAGGAAGCUUACAUGCAUAUGGAUGGCACUGAAGUUGUUUGGCCUUCUUGGAGGAACAAAAAUCUCUCAACUCAUCCAAUGAUUCAGCCUCUCCCAGGAGGUCUACUGCAAGAUCAUCUGAUUGCAAUGUCCCAGCUAGCACGUGAUCAAGAACAUCCAGAUGUGUCAUUUCCACUUCAACCACCUGAGUUGCAUAACUGUCCAGCAAGAAAGGCAUCUCUUUCUUUGAUGCAUAGCCUCCUUCACGAUGAAAUUGACUUUUUCUGCAAGAAGGUUGCUGCAGAAAAUAUGGAUCGGAAGCCUUUCAUUAAUUGGGCUGUCAAGCGGGUUACCCGGUCUCUCCAGGUCCUAUGGCCCAGGUCCAGAACAAACGUCUAUGGAUCAAAUGCAACUGGGUUGUCCCUUCCGACAAGUGAUGUUGACCUUGUGGUUUGUUUGCCUCCAGUAAGAAACUUGGAACCUAUCAAGGAAGCUGGAAUUUUGGAGGGCCGUAAUGGUAUUAAAGAAACUUGUCUACAGCACGCAGCCAGAUAUCUUGCCAACCAGGAGUGGGUGAAAAAUGAUUCGUUGAAGACUGUGGAAAAUACAGCUAUACCAAUUAUUAUGCUUGUAGUGGAGGUUCCCAGUGAUCUGAUUAUAUCUGCUACUUCUAAUAUACAAUCAACAAAGGAUGAGCCGACUCGUAUGACUGCUGAAAAUGAAAACUGUGUUAACUCUGAUAUUGUCAUCUCAGAAGAGUCAAGUUCGCCAAAGUGCUUGCAAGUUAAUCAUGAUAGUCGGAAGGAUGUCAAAUCAAUUCGUCUUGACAUCAGCUUCAAGUCUCCAUCACACACAGGGCUUCAAACUACUGAAUUGGUAAAAGAACUUACCGAACAGUUUCCAGCUGCAACACCUCUUGCUUUGGUACUUAAACAGUUCUUGGCAGAUCGUAGCCUUGAUCAGUCUUACUCUGGUGGCUUAAGUUCAUAUUGCUUGGUACUAUUAAUUACACGUUUUCUGCAGCAUGAGCAUCAUCUUGGCCGGCCUAUCAACCAAAACUGGGGAAGCCUUCUGAUGGAUUUUCUUUAUUUUUUUGGGAAUGUGUUUGAUCCUCGCCAAAUGCGUAUCUCGGUGCAGGGAAGUGGAAUAUAUAUAAACAGGGAAAGAGGUUAUAGCAUCGAUCCAAUACACAUUGAUGAUCCUCUUUUCCCAACAAAUAAUGUAGGGAGGAACUGCUUCCGUAUACAUCAGUGUAUCAAGGCAUUUUCAGAAGCUUAUUCUGUUUUGGAGAAUGAGCUGACCUCCUUUCCUUCUGAGGCUGAUGCAUGCUCAAGGUCACCAUACAGACUGCUUCCUAAACUUAUUCCAAGUAUUAAUUCAUCAGCGGGAUUUUAAUUGCCUGCAAUGUACUAAUCUGUUUGGAAGAUAAAAGAGGGGCAUUACAUGAAGGGAAAUUUUACAACUGUAUUGCAGUUUUGUAUUCAAGUUGAUUCAGGAUUAAGAAAUUGUAGAGAUGUAAGCAGGCUGCUUUGGAUGUCUGAAGAACAUGCUGAAACUUGAAAGAUGGAAAUAUCUGGCAGACGAUUGUGCCUCCAAGUUCUUGGUUUGACCUGACAUAAGCUGAGCUAUAUAUCUGUGACAGCCUAUCUGUGGAGCCAUUGUGUUCGGAUGGGAAUAUCUGCCCGAGGAUUGUACCUCCAAAGUUAUUGGUUUGACCUGACAAAUUAUAGCUGCUUGCAUCUUUCAGAAAGCAGUAUGUGUCUGCUUGAGUCCAUCUGUGGAGCCCUUGUGGAAGCACUGCAUCUUGCUACAGCUGUUAUUUUCUGCAGAAAUUUACUCAAUUUUCCUGCCAAUUUCGGAUUGGGUUUAUUAUAGAGCUGCUGCAGAGUUCUUGCUUUGUUGAGUUGGAGGGGACGUGGCUUUUUCUACCUCCUGGAUAUGAGGCUAUUAGGGCAAGAAAGGUAAAGAGAAAAUGGCUAACAGCAAAAGCAAGUUGCAGCCAACUGGACAAAGCAAGUCUUUUUCUGGUGCAUCCUACUUUCUUAUUCCCGUCUGUACUUGUGAUGAAGGUAUGGUAUAGUACAUAUGGGUUGAAGGCUGUUUAACUUAUUAUCCUUUAUGCACUGGUUUUGCUCUUCGUUUGGAUCGUCAGUUACAGGUUAGCAUUCUGUCAUCAAGAUGAACAGCUUGAACAUGUAGGAGAUCACAGAUGGGACUGGGUUUUGUUACUGUGACAGAUAGAUGAAAAUUAGACCAUCGAAUUUGCCACUUGCAAUAAUCGUCUGGUACAAUCCAGUUGAUUCAAACUGCUCAGUGGAAAGGAAUAUAAUGAUGUCUGCUUAACGGCGUUGUUGUUUAGAUAGAAUUAUUACGUUUGUAAUUUCUUUUUUCUAACUUAAAGAGGAAUUUUGUAAUUAAUGCUAUGCUUCUAAAUACUCCAAAGAGUUAUUCUACUGUUUAUACCAAGCACACAGCAACAACAUUUCCCGAGAA